AUGGACAUCGCCUACGACCACAUCCAAGAAGAAGCGCUCGACCCCGAGACCAACAAACCCUCCACCUCCAAAGCCCCCGCAGCCGCCUCGGAAACCCAACCGAACCUCAACGCCGAGCUCCAGGAUGCUUUCAAGGCCGUGCAGUCGUCGCCAUGGGGCGCGAAGCUCGGAGGAUGGUUCUCGCAGGCGAGGAAGCAAGGCGAGACGUUUGUGCAGGAUUUGCAGAAGGAGGCGACUGAAGCCGGGGAGCAGGCGACAAAGGGGCUUGGUGCGCUGGUUAGCAGGACGAGGGGCAUGAGUUUGAAUGUCAGCGCGGAGGGGCAGGUGCCUGGGGAGGAGCCUUUGCCGGUUUCUGAGGGCGAGAAGGAGAAGGGUGAGGUGGUCGCUGGGGCAGAGAAGGAGGGAGAAGAGAGGACGGAGAAUCUGCCGGCGGAUAUUGUCAAGGAGGCUGGGAGUUUGGUCGCGAGCUUGAGGAGUACGGCUGCUGCGAAGCUGAAAGAUUUGCAGAAGGCUGAGGAUGCGGCUGACGAGGCCUUGCUGCGAUUCGGCACGAAUGUGAGGAACUUUUUGCGGGAUGCGGUUACUAUCAGUGCGCCCGAUGAUGAGGAUAAGACGGAGGUUCUGUUUGAGACGCGGGAGCCUGGGAGUGGGAAGAAGGUCAUUCAUACUACACGUCUGGAUGCGCAGCUGCACGCGAUUCAUACGAAUAGUGGGAGCUUCACGGAUGAUCCGCAGGGCGAGGAGUGGAAGAAGUGGCAGGAGGAGUUUGAUGCUGAGAAGCGAACGGAGGCUAUUGCGACGGACUUGGAGAAGUAUCAAGAACUGAGGAGGGCAAUGGAGAAGCUUGUGCCGGAGAAGGUGGAGUAUGGGCUGUUUUGGAUGCGGUAUUACUUUUUGAGGAAGGCUAUUGAGGAGGAAGAGAGGCGAAGGAAGGAGGUCUUGAAAGGCGCAUCAACUGAAGAAGAAGUCGCUUGGGAUGAUGACGACGAAGAUGAAAACGACAAGUCCUCCACGCCACAGCCUCACCACAAGGCAUCAGAGUCUACGACGACUCUCAACGCAACCGCAGCUUCAGCUAAUCCAGAUCUACUCAAGCCCAAGGAGCCCCGCCGAAGUGAAGACGAGAGCAAGUCUGUUGCCGAUUCUGAUGCCAGCUACGAUAUUGUCUCUGGCGCAACGAGUCGAGCUACAGGCAGUCCUAAGGAAGCACCGAAGAAGGCAGACGAGGACAGCGAUGAUGACUGGGAAUAG